AGGGAGCGAGCGGCCCCAUCACUGCAGGCGCCGCCAGGAGGUACGCGAGCUGCCGGCCUUGUGCCGUGGGGAGGCGGCAGCCCGGAGGUGCCAGGCCUUGGGGCCCACUUCUGAGGCUGGGGGUGCGAGCGCAGGGAGCGGGUCCCGCUCAGCCCCAGGGGUGCAUUUACCUUGAACUCUGCCAGCCGCGCAGGAAGAGGCGGAGCGGUGCUUCAAAGCCUGUCAACCGGACUCGAGCAGGGGCAAAGCGCUGUGCUGUGCCCCGGCGCCCACCCGGCUGUUUGCGCCAGACCAGCUCCUCCGCGCCCGGCAGAUCACAGGGUGAAGGACAGACUCCCCGCGCCGCGCCGCGCUGCACGCCGCCCCUGUGCAGGGCAUGACAGGAGCCCGAGAUGGCUGACGGCGCUGCGGCCACCGCCGCCCCCCGCCCCGGCGUGAAGAGCAGCUCCUCAGGACCCUGGUGGAAAUCGCUGACCAGCAAGAAGCACAAGGAAGCAGCGGCCGCCCCGCCACCCGCUGCCGCCAGCGAGACCCCCGCCGACCCUCCUAGCGCCGGCGGCCGGGAGGAGCAGCUGCCCGUCUUCAGCAGCGGCGAUGCUGCAGGGACGGGCGGCGGCAACCGCCGGAGCCUUCGCGUCUCUCACUCGGGCCGCUUCAAGGAGAGGCGGAAGGUGCGCACCUCGUUGCUGGCCGACAACCCCGAGGUCUUCGACGGAGGCGGCGCCGUGGGCACUGCAGCUCCAGGGGCCGAGUAGCCCUGGAGGGCUUCGCCCCCGGAGCAGCGGCCCAGUGAAGAGCCGCCACCGGACAGGUGGCUGGAGCACCGGCAGGACAGACGGCUGGAGCCUGCAGCUGCCCCACGACUGGGGCUGGUCUUGCUUAGCCUCGUGGGCAAUGUGGAGGUGUGUGGCAGCAGCCCCCCCAGCCCUGAGUGAACACUGCGGAGAGCCUGGCACCUCGGUCGGACCAGUGGGUAGCAUGCAGUGCUAUAUGGACAGCUCCAAGAUCAAACCCCCAGACAAUGGGACAAUGUGAUUGUCUUAAAAUAACACCAAUAAAUACCCCACUCCUUGUACUGCUAUGAGCGGACUCGGGUGCUGUCCCAGGGCUGAUAUCGGGCUCUAUAGCUUCCCCCAGCCCUUGCCAGGAGCCAAGGUGCUGAAUUUUCAGGCCUGUGACCCAGGUCCUCUCGGUUCUCUGGCCCAGUGGGCGCUUUGCUGCUCUCAUCUCACUUGCUGCCUUAUCCAAGGAAGCAUGCAACGAAGUGCUCUUACCUAAUUUCAGGGCUGAGGACCUCCAGCUGUGCUGCGUGUGCUGCUGUCCUGCCAUUAGCCAUUAUUCUCCUUCCCCUGCAAGGGUCAAAAGAGAUAUUGUGGGAGGCAGAUACUUGCACUCACCUAUGCCUCACAUCACAUGUAAAUAUGCAAAAGGCAGGACCAUGCUGUUUCUCUCCCUCUUCUGUGUAAUGACUAGCAGGUAUUUCAGAAGCUGGUCUCCCAUAGCUCUGUUACAGAAGGAGGCCGAGUUUUGUCUUGUGAUUCAGGCUGUUUACACAUGGAACCCGUGAUCUUUGCAUAAUUGGUGAUAAGUGGCAUAAUGAAGCUCUGAUGAAGAAAUUGUGUGAUAAAAUGUAAAUUCUGGGAGAUGAGCAGCCCUGGAGGGCACAGGCAGGGGUGUACUUCUAAUGUGGAAAUAGGAUUGGGCUGCACUGGAAAUGUUCUUUACUGUUUGCCAUGUCUGAGGCGUGUGAAGCAGGAUUAAAGAUUCCCAGGAUUUCUUUUGAUAGCAAGGUAAUGUGCUUUUUAACUCAGGCAGCUGUCUGCUCCCUCUAACAGCUCCUGUGGACAAAGUAAACUGCAAGCCAGAUUUGUACUGGUGGUGUGCCUUACAGAGCAAACUCAGCUGAAGACACUUGGCAAUGACACAUUUCUUCAUAGUAGGUGAUGUAGCAACAACUGAUUUAUUUAUUUUAAAUGGACUUGCAAUAUACUUUAUAUUCUUAACAUGGUUUUAGACUUUUUUUUUUCCUGAAUGUGAAAUAAGAUAUUGCAUUGUGGCAGGGACUGAAAAUUAUCUCUUAGAGUCAAGGAUUUUGCCAUUCUGAUUUUGUUUGGUUGUAACUAAUCAUUAAAGGUCAGUUAAAAAUAAUUUUAAACAGCAUCUGAAAGGAAACAAGAGCUGAGUUCCAGGUGAAAAUAUGGAUUAAACCAGUCACUGACAAUCACUGAAAUCAUGCAGUGGGUGCUGGGCAAGUGCCUCAUGGUUCACUGUGCAUAAUAAUAUCUAAUGAACCCCUUGUGUGAUAAACUCAGCCAGCCUAGCUGGCUUUGGUACUGGCUGGCUCUUCACUCAGCUAGUCCUUCGGACUCUGAAACCCAAGGACAAAGGGACUGUAGCAUCAAAUCUACUUCCAUAAAAGCUUUUUUAUACACA